GUCAAGCUUCUUCUGGUGAAGGUGCUGCUGCUGGUGAAAGAGGUGAACAGGGUCGUGCUGGUGCUGGUGCUACUACUUGUCCUGAUGGUGAUACAGCUAAUUCUAAUUGUCCCAAAGAUACAACAUUACCAAAGGGUCCGGUUGAAGAGGAAGCGGCUGCUGGGCGUUCACAAGGUCAAGAUGCUGCUCGUGGUGCUGGUGCACCAAGUAAAGGGCCUGCUGGUGAAGCCGAUCGCGCUGGUGCUCAAGCUGACCAGGAAAUUCCGGGCCCUCGAGGAGAACAAGAGGCUGCUGCACGUGCUGAUACUGCUAGUAGACCUGAGGCACCUGCAAGUGCACCUGACACUGGAAUCAGCAGCAACAGUGAAGGAAGUGGAAGUGAAACAUCACAACCUCCACCUUCUCCUAACGGUUCAGCCACAGCGGGUGAUGCUGGUUCUAAUCCUGCAUCGAGUGAACCUGAUAAUACACCUUCAGGGAGUGAGUCAACAAGCAACAUCGAAAGUGUGGGAAAUACAGAUACAACUACCACCACAACCACUACCACCACAACACUUCCUCCUGAACUCACAAACAACAAGAAGGGUGAUGCAGACAGCAGCAGCAGUAUCAGCAGUUCUGUGUGGGUGCGUGUACCACUACUGA